AUGGCUCUGACCCACAGCUGUGUGGCCUGGCCUCUCAGCACGCACCCCCCUCUCACACGUCCCUUGUCUUUCCCUCAGGAUGGCUUCAAAUUGGAGCCUAUAGGUGCAGAGAUGCUCCCACAGGAGCCGUACCCAGUGCAGGAGCCACAGGAGAGGCCUGUCUCUAUGCGUCCCAAACCCCAGAGGACGUUCCUCGUCACGGGGCGGGGGUCAGGCCGCGUGCCGCUGCCCCAACUGUGUCCACGCAGAGCAGCUGGGACAGAGCGCAGACGACCGAGGAAGCACAUGCACAACUGCCACAUCCCCGGCUGUGGAAAGGCCAUACGCCAAGACGUCCCACCUGAAGGCUCAUCUGAGAGGCUGCGGGAGAGGGUGAAUGGUGACAAAGGCUUUGAUGGAACUGCUCCUCCUCAGUCUGCCCCAAACGUGUCUGCCAUCGGACGUGCCAGAGCCCACGCGAAGCUGAAGACUGAGCCAGACUCUGCUGUGACAGGGCAGUCUGGGUAA